AUGAUCCAAUCGGGACUUCCGCCUUGGCGGCGGUGUGGCCCCCUCGCCUUGAAUCCUUCGGCUGUUCAGAGGCAGCCUCUUCGCCGAUCGUACCAGAGCGUGGAGCGCGGCGAACAAAACCGUCGACCGAUCCUCGGCUUGCAAUUUGCACAGUUCCCGAUCCUACUCAACUUGGGGAUUGUGGACACGUCCAAGGAGGAUGUCAUUUUGCGGCGACGCGUAUAG